CCAGCAGCACUUUGACCAUGUUAGACUCUGGUGUUGCCUCUGUGUUUGCUAUGAAUAAACAUGAUUUUUCUUCUAAAAAAGUAACACAAAUGCAGACUUGGAAAGGUUUAAUCUCAUAUUAUUUUGCGUUUUCUGUAAAUGUGAUCAUUCUUUGGCUCCUCCGAUUACCGGUAAGGGGUGUUGCCCUUCAGACAUUGAUCACUGGGUGACUUAUAAAAGAAGAGAACCUGAGUGAGAGACUCAUGUUUCUGGCAAACAACAAGCAGAGCCAUGGUUGGAGCUUCUUCCUUCAUUUGGGUUCUCCUCCUUCUCACCUCUGUCUUUAAGACAUCUGACCAACGACAUAUUUCUAGCGUGGGAGAUAUUUUUGAGAGUACAGGAAAUCCAGAGGUGGACGAUAUCCUUUCAAAGAUCCCAUUUGACAUUGGAGAUGUAACGAAUCAGCAAAGCAUCAACGUGACGACAGUAAAGAUUCAGUUAUGUUCAGGAAUAAAAGAAGAGCUGGCAUCCGUGAAGAUGGAGCUUGAGCAAACGGCUCGCCGUUACAGUGACCUGGAUGAAGAGACCUUGGGGUUGAGGCGAGAGGUCAGGCAGCUUCAAAUGCGUCUAUCUACAUGCAGCUCGACCGCGUCGGCCAUUGCUGGGACCUACCAAACCCAGCUGCAGAUAAAAAUGAACCAGCUGCUGGAAGUUAUCGACAGUGAAACAUUCCAAAUACUGAAAGUCCUGGCUCUCACAAGGGAAGUGCAAGUUUUGCAGAAGAAAAUUCAACUUGCUUCUAAAAGUACCAAUAAAACCAGUGAUACGAGAACUCUGCAGAAAGAACUUCAAGAAAAGGUUGUGGAGCUGAACUCGAAGAGAGAGCGAUUCGAGAACAGCCACCCAAAUGCCGCUCUUAUUCUGCAGAUAAUCUCACUGCAAAGCCAGAUCUGGGAUUUACUCCAAACUGAGUCAAAGGGAGGAGCUGUUGCUCAGCCAGACUCGAGGAUUCUGGCUCUACAAGAACAGCUCAACAUGAAGAUCAGAGAGUUGCAAAGCAAAGAGGAGACCAUCUCAGAGAUGCUGGAGAUGAUCUCUGUGCACAGUAAGAUCACAGUGAUCCAGAAAAUGAUCCGACACCUCACAGAAGAAUCCAAGAACAGGAAUGCAGCUCUCAGUUUGCAAUGGAAACAAAAGAGUGAUUUGCUGUUAAAGAAGAUUUCCCAACUGAGGGAUGAUUCAAAAAACCAAGAACUGACCAAAGAGAUUCUCAAGCUUCAAAAUGAGUUGGGUGAACUGACCAAGCUUCUAAAGGAUAAAGAGACCAUGGAAGCCCAGCUCACAGCUAAAACAGUUGAACUGGAGGCAGAGAAGUCACGAGAGGAAGCUCUGCAGAAAAAGCUGGGGCAGACAGACUAUGCUACAUCACAACUGAUCUUCAAGAUCAUUAGCAUCAUGGAGCAGCUGAGGGAACAGCGGAUUGUGGCGCCAACAGGUGAAAACCAGGACAUUUUAACACUGCUCCAAACCUAUGUCCGCCGCUUGUUUCUCGCAGGCGCAUCAACUGGCUUCUUUCAAGAAAAGACAAAAGCGUUUCCAACCCACCGACAAUAAGACGCGAACGCCGAAAUCUUAACGAUGACCUGCAGAUGCAGCUGUAUCCAAUAAAGGUCCAGUUAUCUGUGCCAAAUGACCCCUUUCCUUCAUGGGAACAGGAUCACAUAGUGAAGAGAACAGAACUGAUAAGACAGUUGGAGCAGAAACAAGAGGAGCUGAACUUGAAGACUGCAGAGAUUCAGAGGCUGGUUUCUAACCCACAAACAAUUUUAGCAAUUAUUGAUCUGCAGAGUAAAAUCUGGGAUCUUCAAAAAACGGACACAAACUGGACAGAUGUGGAGAUUACAGCUUUGCAAAAAAGACUGGAUUCUUUGGUGGAAGGAAUAGACAGUGAUGGUGAAGAUAACACGGUGCAGGCACUAAAAAUCCUGACACUGCAGAGUCAGGUUGAGUAUCUACAGAACCAACUGUCCAGCCUGAAGAUGUCGCACGAUUCCACACGAACUCAACUCCAAAAUGAGCUGGCAGCAAAAGAGAACGAGCUGAAGCGGUACAUCUUUGAAGUGAUGGAGAAGAACCAGACAAAUGGAAAUCUUAUUUUAGGCAUCACUGAACUCCAAAUCAAACUCAAAGACAUCGAAAAACAAAAGGAAACAGAAGAUAAAACGAGUGCUGCAACAAUUUCCAAGCUGACGAAGCAACUGCAGUUCCAAGAGGAGGAAAACAAUCAUAAUAAAGCUUUGAUUAUUACCCUGCAGGACAAGAUAAACCAAAAAGAAACCCAAUGUUCUGAAUACGAGCAGAAAAUUAAAGAUCUGCAGAAUGACAUGAAUGCCAAACUUAAGGAACUUAAAGCAAAAUCUGACACCAUUAGUUCACUUGUUCUUCAAAUUUCUACGUUAAGUGUGGAAGUGGAGCAGCUGGGAAACCAACUCCAGAACUCUGUGUCCACAUCUAAAGUGGAAGAAUUACAGGCAAUUAUAGAAGAAAAGAACAAAGAACUGGAACAAAAAGCUGAAGAACUUAAAGAAAGGAGUCCUGAAGCACAAAGACUCCUCAGAAUCAUUGCUGUGCAAGUGGAGAUAGAAAAACUGGUGAAUGUACCGGCAAAUAACACCAAUUCUGAGAAGAUAAAAGAUCUCAAAAAAGAGCUCAAUACUUUGAUUAAUGGGAUUGAAGAUAAAACCAACGAAAACACAAAACUGAUGUUUCAGAUCUUGUCUCAACAAGAUGAAAUAUCUUUGCUGAAGAAAGAGAAAGGGAAGCAGCUGGAAGAAAAAGCCAAACUCAUUAAAGACCUGGAAGAUGAACGGGACAACAUCAAGAUGCAGAUUGAGGAAAAAACCCAGAUGAUAAACUCAAACGAUAUGAGGAUUGCCAAUUUGUCUGCUCAGAUUAUGGAACUUUAUGAGAAAAUCCAGCCCCUGGAGGAUGAAAUAUCCAACCUGAAAGAAACAUACGCCGAUAAACUCUCAGAGCUCACAAACAGCCUCAAUGUUACACAAAAGGAGCUCCAAGAAAGUGAACAACUUCUGAAACAAUCAGACUCCAAGAACUAUGAACUAAUAAUGAAAAUAACUGAACUGAGGAGCCAACUGAAAACUGCUCAAGAAAAGGGAUCCAAAGACUCUGAGAAAGCUAUUGAAGAGCUGGAGGAAAAAGUAAAAUUCCACCAAAAAGAAAAUGGAAAACUUGAAAAUGCAUACAAAAACUUAAAGCAGCAAAUGGAAGAACUCAAAGAGUGCUGUACUGUCAACACCAACUGCGAAGAUCUCCAGAAACAACUGCAGCAAAGCCAAGAAGAUGCCGACCGCCUCCACCAGCAGCUGCAAGAGAAAGACGGCGCCCUCAAACGCCUCCAGGAGAACUUUGAAGAACAGAGCCAAGAGAAAGCAAAACUGCAGGAGGACCACGACAGUCUUCUGAAGAAACUUGUAGAUCUGGGAGAAGAGACCAUCUAUGCCGCUAAAAUGACCUUGGAUCCGAACACUGCACACCCGAGAGUGGCUCUGUCUGCAGACAGAACAGAGAUGUCCACCCGUCCAGACGUAGCUCAAGUUCCAGACAACCCCGGUAGAUACGACACGGUCCUCGCUGUCCUGGGAAGUACCGGCUACUCCAAAGGCAAAAAUUACUGGGAGGUGUCUGUGGCCGGGAAGACGUGCUACCACCUGGGGAUGGUCAGCGAAUCUGCUCCAAGAAAGGGAUCUCUAUCUUACAGGCCGAGGAACGGUUUUUGGACAAUAGUCCUGAACAAACAGGGUCAGCUCAAGGCCAUCGAUCAAAGGAUCACCUCGAUUCCAAUUGAGAUUCACCCCCUCAGAAUCGGCGUCUUAUUGGAUUACGAAAAGGGGGCAAUUUCGUUUUAUGAUGCUGGCUCCAGAUCUCAUUUGUACACUUUUACAGGUCAGGUGUUUACAGACAAAAUCUACCCAUUUAUCAGUUACUGUGUUGAUGAUUCUGCAAAUCCAAUAGUUCUGCUUUCUCCUGGCUCAACUGACUGGAUCAAGUCAUGAACGCAUAUCUCAAUAAGAAACAUCCAAAUGACGAAUCAAUUGACCAAAAUAACUGCUGUGAUAAGUGUUGUUCUUUGUAAAAAAUAAAAUCAACAGUAAAAUCCUA